CAAUAGUGCAAUAGGCAAUGACGAAAACGUUUUAUAAUUUUGUAUUGUAUUAGUUGUUAAUACUAUUUACUGUGUGAAAAGUGAACUAAAAAAGAAAAAAAAAUAUUGUGUUUUCUUUUUAAUGAUUUAAUCUUUUCCACAUUUUAAUAUUAUUCACCUUAACAAGAUGUUGCCUUCUAAAGGUUAUUUUAAAGCUCUAGAAUGUCCCUAUUAUACUGAAUCAUUCUGUGAUCGACCAUAUUGUCAUUUUAAACAUAGUAAACAAGAUUUUUUGUCAGAUUUAGAUUGUCAAAACACUAUCGAAUCAGAAAAUAACACUGUCUCUACAUCCCAUGAGCCAAAAUUAGCAGAAGAACCGAAAUUAAAACAAAAAGUUAAGUCUAAAAUUAUUGAGUAUGUACCUCAGUAUAUUAAAUCUAAAAAUUCAGAAUUAGUCAAAAAAUCUUGUAUUUAUGGAUCAUCUACUGAAAUGGAUGAAAAAAAAACUCCUAUACUUGAAUACAUACCGUCGCGUCUAAAUGAUACAAAUGUAAAUUUUGAAAGUAAUAUUGUAUUUAACGAUAUAAAACAUACUGAAUCAAUUAAGUACACAGAAGAACUUUCAAAGACUUUAAAUAUUAGUAAACAAAAUUCAAAUAUUGCAGAAUAUGUACCUACUGUUAUUAAGAAACCAACAGAUUUAAAAACAAAUAAAGAUAAAGAUGAACAUUCUGAUAAACAUCGCCGUGAACACAGAACAUCAUCAAAACGUAAACAUGAGUCUUCAAGGCAUUCUUCAAAAUCUUCAGAGGGUUCCUCAAAAUCUUCAAGUAGGUCUAAAAAACCUAGAAAAGAUAAAUCUCCAGAGCCCCUCAAAAUUAAAAAAGAACAAUUUAAAGAGGAAAAAAGACAUUCAAGAGAUCAAAAUAAUAAGCAUAAUAUCAAACUUAAUACUGCUACCAUAGCAUCUGGUCAAAAAUCAUUAAAAGAAGCAGUUAUGGAAAAAGUAAAAAACAAAUUGGUUAAAUCAACUAUUGUAAAAACUGAUUUAAAAUGUUCAAGUGAUGAAGAUAAUCUUGAAUCAAUGGAGUCAGAGUUAAUGGAUUUUUUUAGUUCAGAAGAUUCUGAUAGUGAGCCAAACGAACAAAAGACAUGUUUAAAUGUUGUUGAAGCUAAAAUUAAAAAACGAAUUUCACAUAUUUCUUCAUCAAGCAUAUUUUCAAAAAUUAAUGCAAAUAGAAAUAUUAAACCUAAAUGUACAAAAUCACUUCAAGAAAUGGUAGCAACACGAGUACAAACCAUUCAAAACAGUGUUAUCUCAGUAGGUCUGGCAAAACGACCUAAAACUAAUUUAAACACUGAUCCUACUUUACCUACGUUAAAGUCGAAAACUCGUAUUGCUCAUCAGCCAAAAAUUGAGUCUGAGACUACAGAGUUUCAAACUUCACAGAGUUCAAAGAUAAACAACAAAGAAAUAACUACAAAUGUGAAGCUGAAUUUGAAAAUAAAAUCAUUUAAAAGUAGUAACAAUAUGCCAAAUCCUUUACGACAAAGCUGUUUAGAGAAACUUUAUACAGCAUUCAUUAAUCAUUAUUCGUCUGAAGAAGCAAUUGAUAAGGCCUAUACUACUGAAGAAGAAGUUCACAAUAAAGCAAAAUCAACUGGAAUUUAUAGAAAUCUUAUUGUGCAGUCUUUAAUGAAAGCUAACAAAUCACCUGAAUUACAAGUUAAAAUGAAUCCCAAUUACCCUUCUCAUAUGCAUGGUGUAUGUUUGUAUGAAUUACUGAAAAAAUAUAUUUUAUCCAAAGAUGAUUUAGAAAAAAAUGGUUAUCCACUUAUGGGUGACAAUAAUUUAGCUUAUAUUUCUAAAAAUGCUUAUUACUACCAACCACUUUCUAAAAAACGAAAUGGUGAUAAAUUUAUAUGCAUGAAUUGUAAAAAUGAGUUUGAAGUUAAUAAACAAGGUAUGCCUACUAUAACAUUAACCAAAUGUAUUUAUCAUUCUGGCAAGCUUAAAUUUGAAAGACCAAAAAAUGAAAAAUUUUGGUUAUGUUGUUAUAGGAGACAACACGAAUCUGGUUGUGAAACAAGUAUUUAUCAUGUGCCUGAUAAGUUAGAUGAUGAUGCCUUGGAGAAUUUUGUUGUGACAAAAAGUAUAUCUAAUAAAAAUAUCGAAAGCCCAAAUUUUUAUGCUUUAGAUUGUGAAAUGGUAAAUACUACUAUUGGUAUAGAAAUUGUCCGAGUUACAGUCAUUAAUCAUGAAGGAGAAGAAGUAUAUGAGUCCAAAGUAAAACCUAAAAAUAUGAUUCUUGAUUACAAAUCUAAAUACAGUGGAAUAACUGAAGAGUCGUUGAAAAAUUGUUCUAAGAGAUUAUUAGAUGUUCAACUAGAUUUAUUGAAGAUAUUUGAUAAAAAUACAAUUUUGAUUGGUCAUAGUUUAGAGAGCGAUUUGAAAGCAUUAAAAAUUGUUCAUUAUAAUGUUGUAGAUACAAGUAUUAUUUAUCCACAUAAAUAUGGUCCUCCAUAUAAAUGGGGUUUGAAAUUGUUAUCUGAACAACACUUGCAAAGAAUUAUUCAAAGUGAGGAAGGCCACGACAGUAAAGAAGAUGCUUUAGCUUCAUUGGAUCUAGUUUGGAAGAAGCUAAAAGAAGAUGUAAAGAAAUUCAAGCCAGUUAACAUAAUUAGUAUAGAUAAAAAGUAGUUAAAUAAAUUAGUUUAUUUUAAAAUUUGGCACAGGAAAUAUAACCUUACAAAAUCAUAUGAUCUCAAUUUAAUUUAUUUUUAAAUUAAAAAGUGUGAAAGUUACAUUAAUGUAGAAAUAUCGUAAAAAAAUAACUUCAUUCCUAUAGUUAUUUUUUCUAAUUAUAAUACAAUUUAAAAUGUUAAAAAUAGUAAUUUAAUAUUAGGUAUGUAUUCAAUAUUCUUCUCUCAAAUAAAAAUUAACUAAGUUGUCCAAUUAUGUAUAAAAAAAAAGUGAUUCUAUAUUUUAAAAACCACAUUUAAACAUAACUGAAAUAUUCACGAAAUAAUACAUCUUUGAACUUCAUUAUACUAACUAUAUGUUUAUCAAAGUAUUGUAUUGUGUAUUAUAGAUUUUUUGUUAUAUAAUCAUGUAUUUUAUUAACAAUAUUUCUAUAUUUUUUUUUCAAAUUUAUAUUGACCAUUUAUUUUGGUAUUUAUCAAAACAAACAGUGAAUAACAGAGUAGACAAUACUAAUUGUUAUAUGACUUGAAUUUUCUCUAUUAAAAAGUAC